AUGCCAGUAGUCAAGGAUCUCAUGAAACUAUUUUGUGAGAAGUACAAGAAACAAGCCAAGAGUGAACACUGGCAAAUUCAAAACAGAGUCAAUGAAAUUGUUGGUGGUCUUCAUAUGUGCGCAAAAGCAAUUGCUCACAAAGAAAACUUAUUGAAUGGAAACUCGAUGAACAGAUUGCUAUCAUUGUCAUUUAAGACACCAUUCACAUUUGGUACCAAUUCAGAAACCGGGUCUGGUUCAGAUUGUUCCAAAAGGUCCUACCAACACUUAAGAGAAGAAGAGUCGAUGAGUAAGCUUGCUGAAGAAAUUGCAAAAAGAGAAGCCGCUGAGAAGGCACUUUCUGAAAUUAUAAUCAAGAACGUCGACUUGGAAGCUUUAGUUUAA